AGUCCACUGUAAGAGGUUCAAUUAUAUGUUACAAUAUAAAAGGGAAAGCAAUUAACUAAAAUAAGUGAAAAUAAAGCUCGUGCGUGAAAUCUCCUUUGUCUUCUAUUAUGACCAUUUUGUUCCACUUCCAUUAACUUUGAAGCUGCUCAAUGCUCAUCAUCAAUCCACAAUGGAAGCUUCAAACACUCUUCUGCUUCUAUUUCUUCUAUCUCUACUUGUGGUUCUGAUCGCCUCUACUGGAAAAAAAUAUCCUUGCGGCCGCAGCAACACCAGUGUACCGAGAACGUACCCGGUUAUUGGAUGCAUAGUUUCAUUCUAUAGCAACCGAAACCGGUUGCUGGAUUGGUAUACGGAGCUCCUAACCGAAUCCCCAAGUGGGACAGUAGUCAUCCGCCGCUUAGCUUCCCGGAGAACCGUGGUGACGGCGAACCCUUCCAACGUCGAGUAUAUCCUCAAAACAAACUUCGACAACUACCCCAAAGGCAAACCCUUUACGGAUAUUCUCGGCGACUUUCUCGGCAACGGCAUUUUUAACGUUGACGGGAACCUCUGGUUGAAGCAGCGGAGACUUGCUACUCACGAUUUCACCCCCAAGUCUCUCAGAGACUACGUCACCGUUUUGAGGAACGAGGUCGAUCACGAGCUCUUACCCUUUCUAGACGCUGCUGCGGGAGCCUCUCAGCCCUUGGAUCUUCACGAGCUUCUCCGUAGAUUCUUUUUCAAUCUUGUUUGCAUCGUUUUCCUCGGGAUCGAUCAUCGAUGCAGUUUAGACCCGUUGUCUCCCGUUUCCGUCUUCGACCGAGCGUUCCAGACAGCUUCUGCCGUUAGCGCUGGACGCGGCUCCGCACCGCUCUCUUUCGUUUGGAAGUUGAAGAGACUGGUCGGGUUUGGAUCCGAAAAGGAGCUCAGAAGCGCCGUCGGACAAGUUCAUAGCUGCGUCCAUGACAUCAUUCGAGAGAAGAAGAGGAUGAUCACCAACCACGACUUUCUCUCGCGGCUGAUCGUCGCCGGAGAAAGCGACGAGACUGUGAGAGAUAUGGUCAUCAGUAUUGUGAUGGCGGGGAGGGACACCACAUCUGCGGUCACCACACGGCUGUUUUGGUUCAUCACCACCGGUCACAUGAAGCAAACCGAGCACGAUCUGGUUAGUGAAAUCCGAUCGGUUAAGGAGAUGACCCGAGGGGGUUUCGAUUACGAGUCACUGAAGAAACUGAGUUUGUUGAAAGCGUGUUUGUGUGAAGUGAUGCGAUUGUAUCCUCCGGUACCGUGGGACUCCAAACACGCGUUAUCAGACGACCGGUUACCAGACGGUACGGAGGUGCGUGCCGGAGACCGGGUGACGUAUUUCCCAUAUGGUAUGGGGAGAAUGGAGGAGCUUUGGGGGGAAGACUGGGGUGAGUUCAGACCAAACCGGUGGGUGGUCGUUGAUCAAACCUGCAGAGUUUUGAAGAAAGUGAAUCCGUUUAUGUUUCCGGUUUUUCAAGCCGGCCCAAGGGUUUGUCUCGGGGAAGAGAUGGCGUACGUCCAGAUGAAGUAUGUCGUGGCUUCCAUACUUGACCGGUUUGUGUUUGAACCGAUCCUUACGGAUAAACCGGUUUUUGUGCCGAUGCUCACGGCUCACAUGGCUGGUGGGAUGCAAGUCCGCGUUCGUCGGAGGGAUCCGUCUCGUUGA